CUCACUACUGAGGAUCGCGACCACAUGCGAUGUACUUCCAAUGCACCCGAUCAUGGGUGGCAUGGACUGCAUGGUACAAACUACCACCGAGUGCUUCUCUUGCUAGAUCCGACCAUCUGGCUGGUGUUCUGCCCACGGCGCGCUUGCCUUCUAUUCGACCCGUAAUUAUGAGCUUCUCUAAUUCAUGUCUGGAAGACCGCAUGAUGUGUCCGAAGAAGCUCAUAACACGUUCCCGGCAGACAGAAGAGAGCCUUUUUCGGAUGUCUAGCUGCCUUAGAAUGUAAAAAAUAAUACACAAUUCCAUUAUUUCUUUUUUUUAAACUUUGGCCUUAGGACAUCUUUUUCCUUUGCCUAUAAAUGACGAAUCUAUCUUCGCUAGAAGUAUAGUGUUCUGUGGAGUCUAUUCAGUGAAAAUAAAACAACAAAAUCUGAAAGAGAAUCAGAAAUGUACUCUAAAAUCUAAACUGAUAAAUUGAUAAAUGGAAUGUACUAAAUCAAUAUUGAAAAUCUGCAAAGUUACCUGUUUAAAAUGUCUGACAUAAAUAGUUUGUUUGACUGUUUUGAUGAAACACCAAUAACUGAAGCUGCGAUUCAGCUGCCAAAUGUUAAAAAUGUUGAAAAACCAAACUUGGAAGAGUUGACUGCUGCUGGAAAUAAGCGUGCACAUGAUGACAUCCAGUACGCUGAUACCUCUGUAUCAAAAAAGCCUCGCGAAGAAGAGGAAGACUCUGAAUUGAUUACCGACAUAAAUGUUGAUCUGCUCCAAUCUCGUAUAGUGAUACACACGCUAGAAACUCACGAGGGCUGUACACAUGAAGUGGCAAUACCACCUAAUCAGGAAUAUGCUCCUCUUUUACCACUGACAACUGAACCUGUAAAGCAGUACAGUUUCAUAUUGGAUCCGUUUCAAAAAGAAGCAAUAUUGUGUAUAGAUAAUUUACAAUCUGUACUUGUAUCAGCUCACACGUCUGCUGGCAAAACAGUGGUUGCUGAGUAUGCCAUAGCUCUAUCACUAAAAAACAAGCAGAGAGUAAUAUACACAACCCCUAUUAAAGCUCUUUCGAAUCAAAAAUAUAGAGAGUUCUCAGAGGAGUUUCAUGAUGUUGGUUUAAUAACUGGUGAUGUAACUAUCAAUCCCUCUGCUUCAUGUCUUAUCAUGACAACUGAGAUUCUCAGGAACAUGUUGUAUAGAGGUUCAGAAAUUAUGAGAGAAGUUGGUUGGGUUGUGUUUGAUGAGAUUCAUUACAUGAGAGAUAAGGAGAGAGGUGUCGUUUGGGAAGAAACACUCAUCCUUCUGCCGGACAAUGUGCAUUAUGUAUUUUUGUCUGCAACUAUACCUAAUGCACGUCAGUUUGCCGAGUGGGUCUGUCGCUUGCAUUCCCAGCCUUGUCACGUCAUUUAUACAGAAUACAGACCCACUCCACUGCAACACUACAUUUUCCCAGCCGGUGGUGAUGGAAUACAUUUGGUUGUUGAUGAAAAGGGUAUAUUCAAGGAAGAUAACUUCAACACAGCAAUGACAGUGCUGAACAAUGCAGGUGAAGCAGCAAAAGGCGACCAACGUGGUAGACGCGGCGGACCCCGGGAUAAAAAUCAGACCAAUAUUUUUAACAUUGUCAAAAUGAUUAUGGAAAGAAAUUUCGCUCCCGUGAUCAUAUUCAGCUUCAGUAAAAAGGAUUGCGAACUAUAUGCCCUACAGAUGGCGAAACUGGACUUCAACACAAUUGAAGAAAAAAAACUAGUGGACGAAGUGUUUAGCAACGCAAUGGAUGUUUUAAGUGAAGAGGAUCGGAAAUUACCACAAGUAGAGAACGUUAUACCUUUGUUGAGGCGCGGCAUUGGCAUACAUCAUGGAGGUCUACUGCCUAUACUGAAGGAAACUAUUGAAAUAUUAUUCGGCUUAGGACUCAUCAAGGCUUUAUUUGCUACUGAAACAUUUGCUAUGGGAUUGAACAUGCCUGCGAGAACGGUAGUGUUUACCAACUGUCAAAAGUUUGACGGGAAGGAAGUUAGAUUUAUAUCGUCAGGUGAAUAUAUUCAGAUGUCUGGUCGCGCUGGUCGGAGAGGUCUCGACGACAAGGGUAUCGUUAUAUUGAUGAUCGACGAGAAGGUUACGCCCACUGUUGUCAAAGGCAUGGUGCAAGGGAAAGCUGACCCUAUUAAUUCUGCAUUCCAUCUCACUUAUAAUAUGGUUCUUAAUCUACUGCGUGUAGAGGAAAUCAAUCCGGAAUAUAUGCUGGAAAGAAGUUUCUUCCAGUUUCAGAAUCAAGCAGCCAUACCGGAUCUGAUAGACAAGGUCAAAGCAAAACAGAAACAAUACGACGCCCUGUCCGUUAACGAGGAGAACUCCGUAGCUUCAUACUCCACCAUCAGAACUCAGCUAGAUUUGCUCGGGGACCAGUUUCGGUCGUUCAUAACUAAGCCGGAGUACUUGAAGCCUUUUUUGCAACCGGGAAGACUUGUCAAGGUGAAAACAGAGAAAUACGAAUACGACUGGGGCAUCAUAGUGAACUUCAGACAUAAAUCGAACAAAGGCAAGAAAGGACAAGAAGAGAAUCCUUUGACGGCCGAGCCCGCCAUUAUUGUCGACAUCCUACUGCACGUGAAGACGGCGACCGGCGGCGACGGCGAGACCAACGUGCCGUGUCCGCCCGGCGAGUCUGGCGACGUACAAGUGGUUCCAGUCGUACACACACUAAUAUACCAGAUCAGUUCUCUUCGGGUGUACUAUCCUAAGGACUUGAGGCCUUCGGACAAUCGGAAAUCUGUAUUGAAGACUAUAGGCGAGGUGAAAAAGAGGUUCCCCGAUGGUCCCCCGCUGUUGAAUCCCAUUAAUGAUAUGAAAAUUAAUGACUCAGUGUUUAAACAAUGCGUCGAUAGAAUCAAGUUAUUGGAAGAAAGACUAUACUCACAUCCGAUCCAUACAGACAAAAACAGAAGCGCCCUGACAGCUGCUUACGACAAGAAACAAGAGUUAUAUGAAGAGCUACAGAACGCUAAAGCGGAACUGAAGAAGGCGAAGAGCAUACUGCAGAUGGACGAGCUGAAGAAGAGAAAACGGGUGCUGAGGCGGCUCGGCUACUGCACCGCCGCCGACGUCAUCGAGAUGAAGGGACGCAUCGCCUGCGAGCUCAGCAGUGCGGACGAACUGCUGCUAACGGAGUUGAUAUUCAACGGGGUGUUCAACGCGCUGUCUCCGGAGCAGAGCGCGGCGUUGAUCAGCUGCUUCGUUUGCGACGAGAACUCCACGCAGGCCAGCGUCUCCGGCGAGGAGCUGCGCGGCGUGCUCAGGCAACUACAGGAAUAUGCCCGACGAAUAGCAAAGGUAUCGAUCGAUUCUAAAAUGGAUUUGGAUGAAGAUACUUACGUUAGUAAAUUUAAAUGUACACUCAUGGACGUGGUCCUGUCAUGGGCCAAAGGAGCUUCGUUCUUGCAGAUAUGCAAGAUGACUGAUGUUUUUGAAGGUUCAAUAAUAAGAUGUAUGAGACGUUUGGAGGAGGUGUUGCGACAGCUGUGCCAGGCUGCCAAGAACAUUGGCAACACCGACUUGGAGAAUAAAUUCAGUGACGCGAUCAAAAUGCUCAAGAGGGACAUUGUGUUCGCAGCCAGUCUUUAUAUGUAGUUUUAAGAAGAACCGAAAUUAUACCAAUAUUGUUUUCGAAAAUAGC